AUGAUACUCCACGUGGAUCAUACCUGCGAAAUACCAGCAGACAACGAUGACAUACUAUUUCUCCCCGGUAGAGGGCCCAUACGACGAGUAUACGACAUCCUGCGUCUCUCCCUGCUGGCAUCUCGCAAGAACCCAGCUGCACACAAGUAUCUGCGAAGCAACGCGUCCAUUGUCCAGGAAAAGCGACGUCACUGGCGAAGUUACUCGCAUAUCAUACACCCGUUCAGUCUUUUCAGGCACUGCUGGGACAUCCUGAUGAUUUUCGUGAUAACCAGCUUGCUGAUGCUCGUACCCUAUCAGGCUACCUUCGAAAUGGGGAAAAAGUCGAAGAUCUGGAACAUCAGCAAGAACUUCUUGCUGCUCAUCUGCUGCGGGGACAUAAUGGUUAACCUCAUGACAGGGUACUUCGACAAGGAGAUACACGCUACGGUGUUGGAACAAAGGAAGAUAAUCAAUCGCUACAUGAAGUCCGGCACCUUCUUCGUGGACGUCUUGGGCUCCUUCCCAACAGACGUACUGUACCUGUCCAUGUGGAUAGACUACAUGGUUCUUCGCAAGGCUACGUCCCUGAUGUGCAUCUUCCGCGUCUUCUCCCUCAGCUCCUACAUCGGGAAGUUGGCAGUCGCGUACGACGUUCCACUAGCCCUGCAGGAGUUCUGCUUGAUACUCUUCUGGAUGAUAAUGUUGGUCCAUUGGCAGUCCUGUAUCCACUGGUUGAUCCCUUUAGUGACGACCUCGCUGCGUCAGCCGCAGCGUCCCAGCAAGAACUCCUGGAUCGAGAAGAUCAACCUGUGGGAUGCUCCCAGGUCGCAGCAAUACUUGGCCAGUAGCCUGCGAGCUAUAACCACCUUCACGAGGGCUGGACUCCUGUAUACGAACCAGGAGGACGCUGGUGACAUUUUCCUGAUGAUCGCGUUGCAGCUGUGCGGCAUAGUCGCACCCUGGUUCCUCAUCACUCGCGUCAUGCAGUUCUUCAAGGGUGUGAAUAGCUCCAGGCUGAAGUACCAGGGUACCGUGGCUCAGCUGAAGCAGUACAUGAGGCACAAACAGCUACCCUACCCUACUCAGAGGAGGAUCAUUCAGUACUACGAGUUCCGAUUCCAGCAUCGGUUCUUCCGCGAGUCGGAGAUCAUCAACACCCUGUCCUCGCAGAUGCGACAGGAGAUCAGGAUGCACUCGUGCCGCAAGCUGGUCGAGAACGUGACGUUCUUCAAUAAUUUGCCAUUGUCUUUGCUAGGAAGAAUCGUGGCGUUGCUCAAGUCAGAGAUCUUCUUGACGAACGACGUGAUCGUGCGGGCGAAUCAAGCUGGCGACUGUAUGUAUUUUAUCGCUACUGGCACCGUGGCUAUUUACACGAACUCGGGGAAGGAGGUGUGCCAUCUGGAGGACGGCGCACACUUCGGCGAGGUGGCGCUGGUCAUGCCCAACGAGAUGAGGGUCGCCAGUGUGGUGGCUGUUGAAACCUGCGAGUUGUAUCGGCUGAAUCGAGCUGACUUCGCGAGAACCAUCCACCCGUAUCCUAUGUUGUGGGAGAGGAUCAAGAAGAUCGCGAUUGAACGACACGAGAAGACGAUGAUACUCAACGAACAGUAG